AAGGUCCACUAAGUUAAAAAAACCAAAUUUAACAGUGAUCUAGUAGUGUUUUCAUGUGUCCGGAUAGAUAUCUUACAUUUCUGAUAGUGAUUUGUGCGAAAAUGUGCUAUUAUCUGGAAAACAAUAUUUCACCGUUAUUCAGGACCCAAAGCUCCACCCCUCAAAAAAAUAAACACUGCGCGUGAUGAUUCCAUACAUUAUGAUGACGUACGUUUCGGAAGUCAUAGCAGCAGCUGAUCAAGUUGACAGUAGUAUUGGGCGUAGUUCAUACAGUAUAUAGAUCGUAUUUUAGACCAUUUUCUCGUUUACAAUUUUCGUCGAGGCUCACCAUGCCGAUGAGAUGUAUCAUUGCAGGGUGUAGUAACACGUAUAAAGACGGGGUAAGUUUUCACCGCUUCCCUAAAGAUGAGAGUAUCAAGAAGAUCUGGAUAAAAAAAGUGAGGCUAACUCGGGCAAAAUGGACGGGACCGUCACCCUCAAGCUCACUGUGCAGUGAGCACUUCACUGACUCGGACUACGAGGAUUCGGGGAGUCAUUAUUCACAGUUUGGCAUGAAAAAGAAAAAAAUGUUGAAAUCCACAGCAAUACCCAACGUAUCUCUAAAGCCGCCACUGAAACUCCAGCCACCACCGAGAGCUGUCUGGAUGAAGAGGGAGAGGAAGAGGGCGGUCGUCGAAGCACUUGCAGGCAUGCAACCCGACCAGGCUCCUCCACUUCAGUCCGAGACGGAACAUGAAUCGGAAUGUAGCAGCUGGAUUGAGCAACCUGACACUAGUGGGCAACAGUGUGCCGGUACCCAGACGUGGGUUCCUACCAGCUGUGCUGGUACCCAAACACAACCUGCCACAUUGUACACAAAGCGUAUCCAAGCGUCAGUACAGACACGUGAUGCUUGGACACAAUACAUUGCACCAGAUGUGACUGGGAGGAGCAGCAGGACAUUUUGUGACCUGUCAGAGGAGGAAGACGUACAGAUGGAAACUGAAGGGGCGAGGCAGGAGGAAGAAGACCUGAUGGACAAGGAAGAUGCGAGGAAGGAGGAGGAAGGCUCUACCUGUUCAGAAUUCAUGCCUGACAGUCAUUCCAGCUCUGAGUCUUCUGAUGGCCAAAGCACGCCUGAGAGACCCACACAAAGGAUUAAGAAACAAUGUGGAAGAGUUCCUUCAGUCGAAGUGAGGCACAAUAGCGUCAUUCCUCCCCACGAAGACAAUAAGUAUAUUGUGUUUGAGACAAAGCUCCUGGACCUCUUCAAGCUCUGCCGGGAUUGUGGGUCAGGCAAUGUCUACAUCAGGAAAAGAGUCAUGGGCACAUUACUUAUCAUAACUGUUGAGUGUUAUUCAUGCGACAAAUCAAGCAAGUGGGAGAGCCAGCCUUUCUACCAGAAUCGCCCAGCAGGAAAUUUGCUGUUGUCUGCUGCAACGCUGUUUGCUGGAGGAAGCUGGACGAUGAUGCGGCGCAUCCUUUCGCAGCUGAGACUUGCUUGCAUAGCUGACCAGACCUUCUAUACCAUACAGAGAGAAUCCCUGCAACCAGCUAUUCAGCGCAGAUGGUCGGAGCAACAACAGCAAGUUGUGGGACAGCUGCUGUCGACCGGUGUUCCGCUCGUCAUCGCCAGCGAUGGACGUGCCGACAGCCCAGGCCACUCUGCCAAAUUUGGGGUCUAUACGGGACUGGAGGCCACCCUCAACAAGAUUGUUGAUUUGGAGCUGGUGCAGAGCAAUGAGGUGAAGUCAUCCUUCCAUAUGGAGCUGGAGGGAUUUAAAAGACUAGAGGCUUUCCUCACACAGCAAGGGCUACAGAUGGGCAAACUGAUUACCGAUCGUCAUCGCCAACUGGCCAAACAUGUCAGGGAAAACCUGCCCCAUGUCCUGCACACAUAUGAUGUGUGGCAUAUAGCAAAAGCUGUACAAAAGAAGGUCCAUGCCCUCGCCACACAGAAGAACUGUGAUGAUCUCCUUGGUUGGGAGAAGAGCAUCGGCAACCAUGUGUACUGGGUUGCAUCUUCAACUCAGGACCAAGAAGAGGAGCUGCGUGGUGCCAAAUGGAACUCCUUGGGGAACCAUAUACUGGGGAUCCACUCUGGCCAUUCAGACCUAUUCCCUACCUGUCUGCAUGGAGACCUUCAAGAUGAAAGAGACAAGAAUUGGCUCAAGCCAGGCACAAAAGUGGCCGAAAAGUUGGAUGACAUCAUCAGUAACACCACCCUGGUCAAGGACAUCAAGAAAAUGUCAUCAGGUCACCAGACAUCAUCGCUUGAGUCCUUCCACAGCGUGAUCAAUCAAUUCGCGCCAAAAAUGAAAUCUUACACCUACCAUGGCAUCCUCAGCAGGUUUCAAUUGGCCGCACUGCACUAUAACACCAACAGUGGCCGAGAGCAAGCCAGGACAAGGAAAGGGGACCUUCGCUUCAGCAUCCGCAAACCCAAGUACAGGCCGGGGAAUGCUUCAGCUAAGCCAAUAAAAGAAUCAUGCAACUACUCCUAUGCUGAGCAACUCAUGGCUGACGUGGCGGAGCAAGACUUGGACACAUCUGUAUGUGAAAGACAGCCAUCACCACCACCUUUGAGCAGUGGCCAUGUGUACCCCCCCAAUGAGGAGAUCAUCCGAUGCCAUCACAGCCGGUUUUCAAAAGAUUGAUAAUAAUUAGAGGUGCACCCCCAUCCAAAUCUGUCAAGACCCUCGAAUAACACAAUUUCAAUAGUUUCACAUACAAGCAAGGUGCCUUUUCAGAAAAUAAUCUUAAUUCAUUUUUAUUUAAUACAAAGCUAACAUAAUUGCAUAUUUUUUUUAUUUUAUUUAUGUAAUAUAACUAUUUAUAUGUAUUAUCAAGUACAUGAAUGUAAACCAAACCAACAUCUGGGUUCUCUAAAAAUAUAGAAGUGCAUGUCUUCAGAAAUGGAGUUAGGGGUAUUUGCAUCUGAACUCUUCAUGUGUUCAUGCACAGUUUUGAUAUCCUCCAUGAAAAUACACAAUGAAAAUAAAGAGAAUGCAUAAAUGAGAAGGCGAGUCCAUUCUUUUGGCCUGUACUGUAGGUCACAGUGAUAUUUAUUAACUGACUUUUUCAAGACAAGGUCAUUACCUGCCCACACACUGGGACGCAAGGUCUCACACUAUAGAGUCCUACAUUUCCUGGAAGCCUGUUUGUUGACUGGAUGGAAAGGUUUGCCGAAUCUUGGUGACAGCACAGGAUGGGAGGGGCACUCGCACAUGGCGGCCUAGAAAUUGCCAGCACCACCUCACCAACUGCCGAUAAGCAGUAUGUCUGAGUUUUCUGUACAAAAAAAGAAAUAUAAUGUAGAAAGUGUGCCUUCAUCAGAAAUAGGUAAUUUGGUGUUACAGCAGUUAUUCAA